UUCUACAUCUUUGACAAAAGGCAACACCAAAACACACCCACACACUGGCAAUGUAGUCAGAAGAGUUAGCACACUCAUUUCCUUUGUACACAACACACCCGUCAGUCUGGCAGUUGCAUAUGGGCGUGCAUGUGCACUAUAGGUGACAGCCCGCUUGUAACCAAGGUUGAGGGAUGAAAGCUCAAUGGUGGAGCUGCGUGUUGGGGUUGCUCUGCAUGCCUGCAGAGGUAAUGCUCGACAACUGGGCCGCUUCUCAACACCCGUCUACCACUUCUCAUGUGCGGGUCAACUCAUCUCUUGAAAUUACAUGCUCCACAUCUUUAUCAAAACCCAUUGGACUCACCCUUCACAGGCUAUUCAAGAACAACCAGAACAUCGUGUACCUGCAUUUUAAAAAUGAAAAAAACCCCAAAAUUACAACAAGUAAAAUUUAUAACGACAGAGUAACUGUACUUAAAGCGGAGGACAGUCUGGUCUCAGUGCAGCUGUCUUGGCUGCAAUUGGACGACACAGACCUGUAUUACUGCCGCUGGACUUUUCUGAAUACACCUACCCUGGUCAAACUGGAAAGCAAUGGCACCGUCAUAAUUGUCAGAGAGAGUGGCCCCAAAGACCAAUGCAGGGACCUCACUUUGGAUCUGACUUUGAUAUGCCUGAGUGUGACAGCACUUACUGUAACUGCAUUCCUAUUUAUCGGUGCGCUGAUCCUCAAGUGCAACAAAUUUAAAGAGCACUUCAAACCAGCCAGAGCUCUGACACCUCCCAGACCUGAAAGACCUCAGCUCCUCUGUGGUUGUCAGCAACCCCAGUACCGUCCGUACUUAAUGACAUGAAGAUCUUUAUCAUCAACCUUUCACUGCUUGCAAUGCUGCCUGUCAUUUCCUCGUAUAUACAAAUGAGUGUUUUUGACUGCAUAAAGUGUUUGAGGUACCACAUCCUGGUUGAUUUUGUGCUGUACAGGCAUGAAUUGUGUGAUUUUUGUCAGUGAAAAAAAAAACUGCUGUGCAAGCUUUUAAUGUAUGGCUUUGGCUUAACAAACGUUGUUUCGGUGUUGAUUUGAUGUCAGAAAAAUAUAUAAAUUAACCUUGACCACAC